AUGCCCAAAGGAUUCCUGGUAAAAAGAAACAGGAAAUCUGCACAUGUUUCCUACAGGACUCGGUCGGACGAAGAUGACUUCCAGGAGCUACCCACCCCAGCUGCCUACCCGAGCCACACGAACCUCUCCCCGGCGUUUUGCACGGCUUCCAGUCCGGACCGCGCCGCAGCGAUCCCGUUUUUCAUGGCAGCUGCGGCGCCGGUGCCAAGACUGGAGAAGCCGGCACAGUUCGGUAACCCAGAGGCGGCGUGCCAAGCCCUUUACAGCCCCACCCGGCCCAUCAGCAAGGAGCACGACAGGGGAUAUUUCGAGCGAAGUUUCAAUCUGGGCUCGCCUAUUUCUGCCGAGUCAUUCCCGACACCUGCCUCCCUCUCCGGCUUGGACCAUCUCCUGUACGUCCCGGUCGACCUGAAAAUCGGCACCAGCAACAGCAGCCGCCGCGGCACCACCAGCAGCAGCCUCCCGGCACCGAGCAACCGGGCCGGCACCAAAAGAACCGCCGACGGCACAGAGCGCAAAUCUAAACCCGCCACAAAGAAACCAAAAGCCAUCAGAAAACUCAACUUUGAAGACGAGAUGACGACUUCUCCUGUGCUCGGGCUCAAAAUCAAAGAGGGGCCGGUGGAGGGGAAGCCGAGGGCGCCUGCCUCCGGAGGGAACCAGCCUCUGGGGGAGUUUGUGUGUCAGCUGUGCAAAGAGGCGUACGCGGAUCCCUUCUCCCUGGCUCAGCACAAGUGCUCCCGCAUCGUCAGGGUCGAGUACCGGUGUCCCGAGUGCGACAAGAUGUUCAGCUGCCCCGCCAACCUCGCCUCCCACCGCCGCUGGCACAAGCCCCGGACCACCGGCGCACAGGCGAUGCCCCCCGCGCAGGGCACCAAAGCUGAAACGGCCAAAAUCCCACCGCUCGGCGUCAAGUCAGCAGCCGACGAAGCCAAAGACAUGAGUGACAGAGACACCCCGAGUCCCGGUCUGUCCGAGUCGGGCUCAGAGGACGGCUCGUAUGACUGCCAGUACUGCGGGAAGAGGUUUAAGCGUCAGGCAUACCUAAGAAAGCAUAUCAUGGGACACCAGGCCUUGCAAAAGAAAGUGAUGGAGGAGCACGGGUUUCCAACCGGCGAGCGCGCUGCAGAGCCGGCUCCGGUGCCACUUUCCUCCUCUACUGCUCCACCACCACCACCACCACCACCACCCUCCUCCUCAUCCUCCUCCUCCUCCUCCUCCUCCUGCUCAGAAGAAGCCUCAAACCAAAGCCCCCUCAACCUGAGCCCGGUGGAUUGCCUGCUGUGCCCGGUGUGCGGGGAGAGUUUCACCAGCAGGGCCGGCCAGGAGCGACACCUGCGCCUCAUGCACUCCUCCCAGAUCUACCCGUGCAAAUACUGCCCCGCCACCCUGUACAGCUCGCCGGGCCUCACCAGGCACAUAAACAAGUGCCACCCGUCGGAGAACAGGCAGGUGAUCCUGCUCCAGAUGCCGGUGCGCCCAGCCUGCUGA